AUGAUCAGCACGCGGUUCGAGGGCGUGCGGGUGGCGCCGUUUGGGUCGUACGUGAGCGCGUUUCACUCGGCGGGGAGCGAUAUAGAUAUUUCGCUGCAGAUAGACAAGAAUGGACCGUGGUACGAUGAAAAGGAAGAAGCGCAGGCGCGCCGAUCGCAGCGGGGCGGGGUGCGCGCGCGUCGACAACAGCGCCAGGGUCGAACGAAACGCGCGCAAUUGUUGCGCAAAGUCGCCUCGGAGUUGCGGUAUCGCAAUUACCGCGACGUCCAACUCAUCUCCAAGGCUCGGGUGCCUUUGAUCAAGUUCAAAGACCCGCAGACGGGCGUCGCGUGCGAUGUGUGCAUCGAGAACGACGGGGUGUACAAGAGCGCCGUGCUCGGCGUCGUCGCGGAUAUCGAUCAACGUUAUCGCGACUUGGUGUUCUUGAUAAAGCUUUGGGCCAAGCAUUACGAUGUGAACAACGCCAUGGAGGGAUCGUUCAACUCGUACUCGUUGUGUUUGCUUUGUAUGCAUCAUUUGCAGCGCCGACCAGUGCCAAUUCUGCCGCCGACGAUGCUGCUCACGCUUCCUCGUCCCGAUUUGGUGGAAUCGGAAAAGCGCGAACUCGAGGAGCAUUUGAAAAGUGAGGACGACCAGUUCGAUACUUGGAAAGUUAGUAAAGCUCGCGUCGUGAGUGAUGCAUCGAGGGACAUCGCGGCGGAAAACACCGAGACGCUCGCGGAACUCUUUGUGAGCUUCUUCGCGCACUUGUGCGCCAUCAAAGAUUUGUUUCGGAACGCGGUGAACGCGUCCACGUAUCAUGGUACGUUCAUCGUCGGUAGCUCUUGGCAAGCGUUCAAAUAUCCACUCGGUGUGGAAGAUCCGUUUGCCGCCGGCGACAACGUCGCUCGAGCGGUUCAAAUGCGCACGAGAGAUUACGUGUUGAACGCUUUUCCUGCGGCGUGUGCAGAUAUAUCCAAGAUGCUGCACGCCACGGACAACGUACAGUUCAUGCGCUCGUUACUGUGCUUGCUCGGUGAUAAGAGCGUACCAUCCGAAGUCUUGGCGCGUCUCAGACCGACGCUCCCCGGCAUGGGCGGCGCGCCGCAGCCGCCGGGGUUGCCGGGAGCACCGCGACCUCCUCAAGGCCCACCUGUGAUGCUUCAACAGCCAGCAAAGUCGCUCAAUGAACACACGUUGGAUAUGCUCGGCAGACAAGUCGCGCCAGGAGCGUCGGCGGAGGAGAUUUUGGCGAUGUUGACGCGUCAACGACAGGUGCAAGCGGAGGCGCAGCGAGACCAGUCGCAACCGAGCGAGCAGCAGAUGUUGUUGCUGCGACGGCAGCAAGAGCUUUUGCGCAUGGAACAAGCAAAAAUCCAGCAGCACAUGCAACAGGGACAGCCGCCACCGCAGCCAGGUCGCACGACGCAGAUCCCGGUGGCGAGUUUGUUUGGGCAGCCGCAGCAACAGCCGCAGCAACAGCGCGGCCUACCGCCCGGUUUCGGUCCGACUUCGCAGCUGCAGAUGCCACCACCGCAGCCACAGAUGCCGAUGGCAACGGCGCUACCUUCGUUUGGCGCACCCCCUCCGGCCAACGGUGGCUUUUCGAACGGCGGCCUCGGCGGCGGCGUCUUCUCGAGCAUCGCCUCCGGCGGCGGCGGCUUAUUUUUCGACGCCCCGGCGCGCCAAUCCAAUCCGCCGCCGCCGACCGCGCACGCCGUCGACGAAAUCUCCCAGCAUUUUGCCACCGGCAUGUCCAUGUUCGGCUCAAACGUCCACGCACCUCCACCCGAUCUCGGCGUCCGCUCGCCGCCCGAUCUCGCCGCCGGCGGUUCGCCGCCGGCGUCGCGCGUCGUCCCUCAGUCCGAGCUUCCUCGCACUCGCAGCGGCGUCGCCAUCCCCAAACCGCGCAACGCGCGUUAG